CAGGGCAACAGGACAUUAUAUUGUAAUUACUUUUAUACACUUUCAUUUUUUGGUGUUACUGUUCCUUUAAGAACACUGUGCACACAGCCAUAUGACAGUUGGAAAAAAGCGGUUGGUCACUCUACCCAGAGUUGCUUCAGUGAGUGGUAGCGUUUCUAAAGCGUCUCCCAGUAAGAAGCGAUUUUCAGGAUUAAUCCACUUGCAAUGGAUAGAUCCCCCAAGCCUUCAACAUCCUGUGGGCUCACGCGGAAGAGGAACAUCAAGAAGGAGACAGAGGGGGCAGCUAAAAAGAUCAAGCGCAUGGGAACCAACGUGGAGGAGAAAAGCCAAGAAAGGCAAAAAGCGCAAGAGGGGAAGAAGAGGAAGAAGAAGGAGAAGAGGGAGAAGAGGGAGAGAGAAACAUCAGAAGAAGAAGGAAGUGUAGUGAAGAGGCCUUGUAUUCCAGCACAAAGGCCAUAUCCUAAAAACAUCAAGAACUACGAGUUCCAUGUAAAGCUGGGGAAUGGAAACUUUGGCAAGGUUAUGUUGGCGUCAUUGAAGAACUGCGAAGAGAAAGUGGCAAUCAAAGUGAUUCGGAAGCAGCACAAGGAGGGAAAUGAUAUCAGCAGAUUCAUCUUAGCUGAGUCCCGAACUCUCCGGAUCACUGAAGGUUGUCCCUUUCUCUGCCACGGAUAUGCAGCUUUCCAAACUCAGCUGCAUGCUUUCCUUGUCAUGGAGUUUGCAAGAGGAGGAACACUAAAACAACUGAUAAAUAAGGAAGGUGGACUGAAGACGGACAGCAUAAGAUUCUAUUCUGCAGAGAUGAUCAUCGGGCUGCAGUAUCUGCAUUCACGUGGCAUUGUGCACCGAGAUCUGAAACCGGAUAACAUCUUACUCAGUGAUGAGGGACACGUGAAAAUCGCAGACUUCGGCCUGGUUGCAGAAGGAAUGUUUACCAGCGACAGGAAGAAUUUUGAGCCAGUAGGAUACUUCACCUUCAUGGCUCCAGAGAUUUUUUCAGGGAUUGGCUAUGGCGCAGCAGCGGAUUGGUGGGCAUUUGCAAUCACUCUUUGCAAAAUGGCCACCGGAAGAUCACCAUUCUACGAGGGUAUGACGUUGGAGAACCUGAUGUAUUCAGUGUGCUGUAAGGAGCCUUUAUUUCCAGAGGGUGUCAGCGCUGAACUAAAAGAACUGCUACUGGAGCUUUUAGAGAAGAAUCCAGAAAAGCGCCUGGGCACCAAAGGGGACAUAAGGAAACAUCCAUUUUAUAGAUCUAUUGAUUGGACAGCAUUGGAGGGCAAGAAGAUACCACCUCCUUUCCAGCCAAUACCAACUGUGGAUAUCACUGCAGUGUGCAAAGAAUCACUAUCAUUCUUAGAAGAGGCAGACUGCAUCAGUGCAUCAGGUUGUAUAGAAAGGAUUCAGGAUCUCUCAUUCCUGAGUCCCACUUGGGAAAAAUCUGGGGUGCCCUUUUGCCCCCACCAUCUGUCCUCCAAACCUCAGUCCCGCACCAACGGCCUGCCCCUCCUUAAGCCCACAUCUUCAGCUAUACCCUCCAGCUAUGCCCUCUCCAUCUUGGGCCCUGCCACCGGCCCUCUCCAUCUUGGGCCCUGCCACCGGCCCUCUCCAUCUUGGGCCCUGAUUUUGGUAAAAAUCAGACCAAAUGUCUUUUUCCUUUCUUCCAUGCCAAAACGCGGACUUUUACGAGGAAUUGCAUCCAGAAUUCUGCAUACAAAUGUCGUUAUCCGAGAAACAAUGGCGCCUCUGGACACCGUGUGCAGACCUGGAGCAAAUAAGCAGCCUCACAUUCCAGUUGUGCAAGUAGAAAGCCAUGGAUUCAAGCCUAAGGAACCACUUGCACAAUGA